GGUUCAAGGAACGGUCAGUCAACGAAACCUGUUUGAAGACGCGACGUGCAGUUGGCGUUUGAUGGAUGAAGAUGUGUAAAAGGAGAGAGAUCUGGUCGGGUCGGUAUGGGCGGCGGAAGGAAGAGUCGGGGCUUGUGACGCAGCUUCUCCACAAGAUGGCUUUGGCAGGCUUCACAUGUCGGAGGCUCACGAAGGCAGCCCGCGUCUUUGCAUGGCUGCUGUUUGUGACUUGCGACAUCGUUUGUCUUCACCCAACGUCGGUCUGAGAAGGAUCGCAGAGUCAUCAAUAUGGCCGAACUUGUGUCGACCAAGCUGCUUGCCGAGACGCACCUGCUGCUGGAUCAACCACUACUACGAGUGCCUUUUGAAUUAACACGGAAGAACUUUGCUCAAGCCAGACGACACAUUGAGAAGACGUCGGCCGACACGCUUGCUGCUCUAAACGCCGCCGCGACUUCUGCUCCAUCAGUCACGCCCGAGCAGACGCUCGCCUCGCUGGACGCCAUGAUCGCAAAAGCCCAGACGCUGAAGCGCAAGCUAGAAGUCUUACAUGCCGAAGAAGAGAUGCUGCAUCGUCAUCAACGCGCCCGUAUACAGCACUUGCAAGAGCUGCACGACAUCCCCAAUCUGGCCGACGUCAAGUACGACGAGUGGAGCAAAGUCCGUCUGGACCGCAUGCUGGUUGACUAUCUCUUGCGUCAAGGCCAUGUGCAGAGUGCCAGCCAGUUGGCCAAAGAGAAGAAGAUUGAAGAGCUGGUCGACGUCCAGGCUUUCGUCGAGUGCAGACGUAUCGAGCUCAGCCUGCAGAAUGGCCGCUCGCAGGACUGCCUGGCCUGGUGCUCGGAGAACAAGCAGACGCUCAAGAAGAUCAACAGCAAUCUCGAACUCGAGCUACGCUUGCAGCAGUUUAUCGAGCUGGUCCGGAGCGGAGAGCCGCAGAAGUUGAUUGAAGCCACUCUACAUGCAAGGAAGCACCUGGGCACACACCAGAAUGACUCGUACGGUCUGCGAGCCGGAGGCCUUCUCGCCAAUCCCCCCAACACAAUGACAGAGCCCUACAAGACCAUGUAUUCGGCCGCUCGCUGGCACCAACUCGCCGAACUAUUCGUCAAGACACAUCACGAAAUCUUCUCGCUACCGCCGCAACCUCUUCUCCACAUUGCUCUCUCAGCCGGUCUCAGCGCUCUGAAAACUCCGGCCUGCCACUCGCAUUACGCCUCUUCGUCCUCAAACGCCUCCUCGUCAACCACUUCCGUAUGCCCCAUCUGUUCGACAGAGCUCAACGAACUCGCACGCGCUGUCCCUUACGCCCAUCACAGCAAGAGCUAUGUUGAGGAUGACCCCGUCAUGCUACCCAAUGGACGCAUCUACGGCAGAGGCAGGCUCAUGGCUCUGAAUGAAAAAAUUGGCACCGCCGAGGGCAAAGUCAGAGACCCGACAGACCUAUCUCAAGAGUUCUUCGAGAGCGACAUCAAGAAGGUCUACAUAUCCUGAUGUUUCUCUGGCUUUGCUUCGGCAAGCGCGUGCCUUGUUUAGCGUCUGGCGUUUCGUCUCUUUACCAUUUUGCUUUGGAUUAGCGACGACCUUUAGAUUUCAGCCAUUGGCUUGCAGCGUUUGAGCAGUGGCGUCUCUUACUUGAUUACGAAUGAAAUGAGAUAUGCACAACAAUCCUUCUACUUCUGCUUCGUUCUUAGCAGUCCCCUGUCCUGUCUGCUCUGCUAAGCAGUUGCCUUAGUGCACGCUCAACCUAUUAAACUCGCUUUGAAGCACCU